AUUUAUUCUAUGAUUCUCUGCUAAGAGAAUUUAAACACUACGUUCAAUGUUGCGUAUUGCCUACAUUUUGUGACUACUGAGUUGAUUUUCGAUUUCAGGCUCACGGUUAGUUGAGUUUUUACAAGUUCCAGUCUUGAUGCAUUAGUAUGUAUUUUGUGAGUUGAGUUAUCAUCAAGUCCGUGUCUACUAAUAUUUUAUAUACAGUGCACUUUCUUAUUUCUUAUAAUUUUUUUGAUGAAUGGUUUCGAUAAUAUAAAUGGUUUCAGUACAAUAAACGUUCAAUUGCAAGUAUUUUUUACGCUAAUAUACGCAUAAACAAUCAAUAAAAAUUCAGAAGUCGGCAGAAUGGAAGAACUACGCACCAAACAUAAACAAGUUGCUGCACAUCACAAUAUAGCUUUGGAUUGCAUUAAUCCACAGUCUACUUUGUCCAUACAUGUCUGUACAUUUGGAUCUAAUAGACUUCACAUGGCUCUCCGUAUCAUGUACAUCCAUUUCCUUCUCCAGUUCGUCUACAACAUGCUUUUCAAGCACAGCCCAGCCCUAAGAUGUUUCACCCAAAAGGACUUAAACCACAUCUUGAUUCAAGAGCAUACUGCACACCUAAUGACAGUCCAGUGUUGGGUCGGGCACUAUGCUUUACGCCAAGAGGGAGUCCCCUACCUAAUCGUGUUUCUCACUUAAAUGACAAAUUUCAAGACUCCCUCACACUCAACUCAGACACGGAUGCUUUGGUAGCCAAAAUAAGUGCUAUGUUCCCUACUGUCAGUGAAACACAUAUUCGUAUAUUGCUCAAAAAAUACUACAACCGUGAGGCUGUUGUAAUAAGUGCUUUGCAAGUUGAGAAGCAUCCAAUCACAACGCCAGGGCCACUCUCCAUGUCUCCAUCAGCCGCUCGUCUACACAAAGGUGCACUAGGAGUAUAUUCUGCUUUGCAGCUUGCAAAAGGUGUUUCAGGUUCUUUACAUGGAUCAACUCACACCACAUUAACUUUAACUCCUCAAGGUUCACCUCUUUUACUUCGUCCAUCAUCUGGCGCUUCAAGUUAUUUUGGUACCAAUAAAUCAGUUGAAUUCCACCCUGUAAAACAACAAUCACCAAAAAUGAAAUUGAAAUAUCUCAAGAGUGUUUUCCAAAAAGCUGAAGAGACUCUUAUAUUGGAUGUGUUGGCAAAUAAAGAUAAUAAUGUUCAAAAAGCAAGUGAGGAGCUAAUGUCGAUGGGUUUUAUUAAAAAAGAAACAAUAAUAAACUUAAAUAAGAAGGAAAAAGAAACAUCAAUCAAGUCAGCAGAGGAAACCAAAACGAAUUUAAAAACACCUGAAGAAAAGCAAAAUUUGAAAUCAAAGCUAAUAAAGAAAUUUGAUAUGAUUGCCGAAAAAGUAAUUAUCAUGGCGUUGGAUAGUGUCGACUACAAUGACGAGAGAGCUGAGCAAAUUUUAAAAGCUGUUGUGCAAGAAAAUAACUUACCAAAAAAUACUAUAACUUUUGAUCACAAGGAUUCAAGACGCCCAGACAGUAAUGAAAAAUUUGGUUUGUGCGUGAGUUCUACGGAGUUGGAGACGAAAGCUGUGCCUCCUGAGAUUGUCACUCGCCGUAUCAAGACUUGGACUCAGCACUUAAAACCGAUUCUUAAAUCUAGCAAAAAUGUGGAGACAAAGUACAAGUCACAGUAUUCAAUAACCAACAGUGGCCCAAACCAAUUGUUAAGACAAGGACCUAAGGACAGCAUCCUUUUAGAAGAAUACAUGACGUGGAAUGGGCCAAAUCCGAAACUACGUAACGGUCAAAGUGUGAAACCCGAGGGGCCCGAAUUGCGGACGAAUUCUGCGGUAUCAUUGGCUAGAGGCCCGUCAAGCCUCGCAAAAGGGCCUGCUGGAUUAGCAAAAGGUUCUAUAUACCAAAAAUUAAAUAAGAAAUCAACUAAAAUUGUGGUGUAAAUGAAUACUGCGCUUCGUUCACUAGAUCUUCAUGUAUUGUAUGUAUCUGUCUUGCCAUAAAUGCUGUUGCAAUUUUCUCUCUAUUCCGUAAAACAUUUAUAGCGUAGGGUCUAUUAGUUCUCACAUUAAAUAUCAUUAAAUUAGGAGUGAUAGUGCUAUCUGAGUCCUAAGGGACACAACCGAAUUGGGCACGGAGAAAUACCAGUCUCCCACUUAAAAUUGACGUGAAAUAGCAGCUUUACCGCUGUUUUGUUCGGGUCUGUGAGAUACAACCAGAGAUAAAUGACAGCAUGGAUUACAAAAAGACAACUCGAGAACGGCACCAGACUAUUCUGUUCAGUAUCUCUGAAUGUGGGUCUACCUUAACGGGACAUUGGCACUUUUGUGGAAUAACUUCCACAGAAGCCACAGUAGGAAGAAGAGAGAGAAUCUCUGAAUGUGGCCGGCAAAAUUUAGUACACUUUAAUCCUAAGAAGAAAUAACUUUGAGCGUUCACCAACUAAAAAUCUCUCUUAUUCAUUUCCAUUCGAUUCGAGAUCAUUCCUUCAACAGCUUACUCGGCCCGACCUUCGAAAAGAGUUCAGUUCCGUGGUCACUUGGAAGGGAAGGCAAAAUGGGCAUCUAAAAAGCUUUUUGUACUCAGUAAGAACAGACAGUACUUCACUUUGUGGGAAAAUUCUUCUCUGCCAUUCUUAUGGAUUGUUUUAGGUACUCCAAAUUUUAAUGAUAUUUCAUUUGGCCCCAUAACUACUUUGUAUAACGCUAUCACACCAAUUCGUUUCCAUUUAUCAUUCCACUUUACUUUGAUAUCAUAAGAAUAUUGUAUUUGUUUUUAUUAACGCGAGUAUUACACAUUUAAAUAAAAUAGUUUUAAGAGGAUAACAACGCGUGUACGAAUGAUUACAGCUCGUGUAAAAAGGACUUUGUCGGUAAACUUUGCCAAGAACUAUAUUAUGUCUACAGCAUUUACCACCACUGAAGCAAAAAAUUGCGCUAAACUACAUAAUGAUAUAUUGUCCCCCUGAAGACGUGCUCUGCCAAGGUCACGAUACGUCAGGAUAAAUAAAAUAAAAAUAAAAAUGUAGUUUUUACGCAAAAACCCAAUGUAAAAUACAGUUACAAUGGACACGCGUUUUAAUUAUUCUAAAAGUAUUUAUUUAAAUCAUAAGAUUAUAUAACAAAAUUGUAAAUGUAAGCAUAAUAAUUGUAACAGUAUAUUUAUGGCCAGACUAAUUUUUUUUGUAUUUACUCUCUGAAUUGUUAGUUUACAUAAUUCCUAGUUUUAUUUAACGGUAACUAAUUAUAAUUGUAGUAUUAGUAGACUGUUUCACAAUGUACAAGUAAAGUUACGAAUAGGCUACUGGCUACUUAUCUAUCGAAUAAAGACAUCAUUUGCGUUUCACAAUGUAUAGUGUUAUUUAGCAGACAAGCGCCAUUUAAAUUACGGAUGGAUCUAGUAGCAAAUAUCAUAGUUCUCUGCCGGGUACUGGAUAGCCUGACAGUGUCAAGCAUUUCACAAAAUAAUGUCAAUUUAUAUAAUGGCUCCUAUUGGAUUGUGAAGGUUAGAUGCUAAAAGGAAAAAAAGUUUACAUAUGUGAUCCCAGUCACUAGUAGACACUCCCUGUGUGACACAACAAUAUGAAAAACAGUCCCAAAGAAAUACGCAAGCGCUUCAGUUAAUACUAGUGUUUGCGCCCCACGUGUUUCUGAUAACGGUAAAAUAUUAAUCUGCCGGUUUACAUGGUGGUGGAUUUUAUUGUGAAAAUAGUGGUAGAAGUGCUAUUUAGAGAUAAAAUUGUGCCACUAGCUGUGAUACGUUAUUUCCUAAUAUCCGGACGACCGAGCCUUGCUCGGAUUUUUAAGAAUGUACAAAACUUGAACAAAAAAAAAACUAAUAGGACAUCUGGAUUCGAACCGGGGUCUUCUGCUUUCCGGAUCACCCAAUGUCCCAUCUGAGCUAUAAUAGUCUUGUAUAUAGUGGCGAAAUUUACCUUUGUAUUCUAAUGUUAUUGUAGCUGUUUCUCAUUCAAACAUGGAUAAAACAAUUUUUUUUAAAUUGAAACCUAGCUAGAUCGAUUUAUCACCCCCGAAAUCCCCUGCAUACUUAAUUUUAUGAAAAUCGUUGGAGCCGUUUCCGAGAUUCAGAUUAUAUAUAUAUAUAUAUACAAGAAUUGCUCGUUUAAAGAUAUAAGAUAAGAAAUAGUUUUUUUUUUUAAUUUUCAUUUCGUAAAACUGAACUAAUGAGUGCGAGGUUGACAGACUGACCUGCCAGAUAAGUUAUCUAGUACAUAAGCAUAGCAGUGAAGUGAUUGUGAAACGCAAUCUUUUUUAUUCGGAAUUUUUAUGUAGCCAUUAUCUAGCCUAUGACAAUUUGAUUCUUUACUUGUACAUUGUGAAUCAUCCUUGAAUGAGAUUACCCUGCUAGCGUAAAAUGUGCCAAUUAAUAAAAUAUAAGUGAAUAGCAAUAUUUGACGUUGUGUAUAAUUUAAGGUAAGUUUAAAGAAAUGCUCUAUUUUUUUUAUUAGGUAAUUUAUUGCGUGACCAUUGAUGACAGUCCAUCAGUCAUAAUCUCUCUAUGGUAUGGUUCAUCGCCAGAGAAAUUUGAUUAACCUAAUAAUAUUGAUACAUAAUAAUAUUAUUGAAUUUAUUUUUAUCCAUCUUUUAGAAUUAGUAUUAAUUAUAAUAAUUACUCUAAUAUAGCUAUUCUCUAAGACUACAAUCUUUAAAGAUAACAAUGAUCUCAUAAAAUAUAUAGUUGUAUAAUUUAAAAUAUUAUAUUAUGGAUUUUAUCCAGCUUCAUAUCAUAAAGUGAAUCGAUAAAUAUUGUAAGAUGAAAGCAUCUUAUUUUUUAAUUAUAAUGGUAUAAAUUAACAUUGCUCUAAUAACUUCUUAAAGUCUUUGAUAAACAUAUAUUUUGUAAAUAGAAACGAUUAAACAUUCUUAAGCUAUUAAUAACUAGAUAAGAUUCAUGUACAGUAUGACUGGUGAGACACCAACGAUAUUAAUAGAGAGUACUCGGUCCUCGAUUCUCGUUCUCAAUAUUGUAUGUAAUAAAAUAAGGUUCUUAAUUUUUUAACAAUUUUCCCUAAAAUAAAUGAAAUUUGAAUACAUUUGAAGAAACCCGCACCUUUUCGUUAGUUAAGCGCAAGCGCCGACAAGUCCGUGCGCCCAGCUCCCCGCUCCCUACAUCCGCGCCCGUGAUUGGCGUGUAAUGCGUGCGUCCGGUCGGGGAGUAAUGCGUCGUGUGAUUAAUUUCUUAGCUUUCGGUUAAGUUUACUAGUAGUCAAUUAAUAAUUAUUUUUAAUGUGAUUUUUUUCUUCAUAUAGGAUCGUCAAAUACCACGUCCUCGAAUAGCGUUAGUAUCUCACUUCUCAUGCUGUAUUGUAUACGUCUACCGGUAUCAUAUGCAUUAUAAAUAUCUAUUACAAAACUUGGCCAACUAAUCUGAUAGACUAAGUUCUAUAACCUGCCUAUUUCCAUAAUUAAUGAAGGCAAUAUUAUAUUUGUAGUUGUAGAUGUCGAUUAGAAUAGGAAUACGUGUUUCUUUUGUCCGUAGUAUUUAAAGUAAUGUAAGCAAUAUAUUGAGUAGCGUAACCCUCUUGUAUGCGAAAGGAGGAUAGCGAGAAAAAUACACAAUAACGCCACUUCUUUCAGUGGGUCCCAAAAUACGUGCGUAUUUUGGGAACAUCAUGGAAACUUAUAAAAAAUUGUAGAACUUAACAAAACUAAUAAAAAAGCAAAUCGUAGUAAGUCAAAAAAAGUGGGAGAAAAAAGAUAUAGCUAAAAAUAAAUUAUAACCUAAAAUUAUUAAUCAAUAUCUAUUGUUCAAUGAAUAAUUUGUAUCUUAUGUCUAUUCAUAAUUACUGUCUGCUAAAAGAUAAUAUAUUAUAUGUGGAAGGUUGGCCAGCAUCUAAUAAUUGAAGAUUCACAAUUCAUUCAUUUUUCAAGCAGGUAUCGAAUCUUUUAAAGAUAACCUACUUAUUUUAGUAUCAAAAAACGAUAAUAAUCUUAUUGAAUCUUAUUUUGAAUUACUGAUUUCAGUAGGUGUAAAUAGUUUGAUGGUGUCGGACUGUCAUGUCAAAAAACUGUAGAUGUCAAUUGCGCAAAACGGUCCGUUAGUGCAAGAUGAUUUAUAUUUUAAUAAAUUAUAAUAACUUAUUUCUUUUGACUCCCAUAUCUUAGCGCCUCAAUAAUUUUUGUAUAAACAUCGUAUAAACUUAAGUUUAUAAUUAAUUUAAACUUGUACUUGUACGAUGCUUCCUUAAUUUUUUAAUUAUGUGGGUCCAUUCUCGACAUCCUUCUUUUGUAAGUCGGUAAAUUAAAAAAUGGUCUCUAGCAAUAAAGAGUAAUGGCGUGCUUAGAUUCAUCCAUGCGUCGUCAGCUCAUGAAACCCCUACCCAUUCUAAAUUCAUGCCAAAAUUACUCUCCAAAUAUUUAGGUAGAAAGUGAACAUAGAAGAUGUCACGAUGGUCAACUUCUGAUGGUGACUGUAGGUACUAGUCCACGCACUUCAGUCAGAGCGAAAUACUUUACUAUUUCGCUUUAGGGCUUGGAUAUUAUUUAUACCAAUAUCUAUUGAAUGCAGAUAGCAGAGCCUAUAAUACAGGCAAUUUCUAUUAGUAAAACUGUAAGAAAUAUCAACAUGAAUUUUAGCUUUAGGCUACGGACAAUUGCUAUUUACCCACGCGAUUUACUCGUUCAUGAGAGUCCUGCCUAAGGAUACCAAUCCUUUGGAUUUUGGAAUAAAAUCCUUAAAACAAGGUUAUAUAUAAUAUAAAUUUUCCAUUUUUUUUUAUAAGUAUGAUUGCGGUUGAAUACGACGAAGAGACGCUUUCUUUAUCUAGCUUAUCAGCCAAUUCGUAUGCUUCUAUGGGUUUCUUCCCCGGUGCCCAUAAAAGAGUAUCAUUUCUUUCUCUAAGUCAAAUUACCUCAUUUUCUCCAGUACUAUCUCCGAUACUGGUCGGGAGGUUAUUCUACAGGAUUUUAAUUGCGUGUGCCAUGCAGUGAGCAUGGUUGUCCCACAUUAUUGCAGUAUCCGUCAAUGGUCAUUUGUAUGCUUGUAAAGUGCGUACAACUGAAUCUGGAAUAUGAUGACCUCUUUAGCUAGGGCUUCUUGAUUUUCACGCUUUACAUUCCUACGCCGACACCGGUACCGACUUCAGCCCAGAAGCCGUCCCUAUGCCAAUUGCUGAUAUGCAUAUCAUCCGAUGAAUAGUUAAUAACGAUAAUAAUUAUCUGAUAUGCUUGUCUUCCGCAGUUUUAUAACAAGUUGCUACAAGCAACUAAGUUGAAUUUCCGGUGAAAACAAUAUUGCUAAUACCCCAUGUAGGAAUAACUAGAUCUUUACUAGACCGAACUAAUUUAGUUUACUUUCAAACUUCUAAGAUGUUUCAAUAGGUAUAGGAUUAGUGAUUAUUUCUUGUAAUGAAUUAUGUGUAUGUCAGACAUCUUCCACGAAUACGUUAUUCGGCAUUCCAUUUUCAAUAAAUGUUAACCUAGAGA